AUGUCCGCCAUUACAGACCUAAGCAUCUGCAUACGUGGGUUUGUCAACAUGAACGUGCCGCAGGUAGUGGAGACUGUGGUGUACGCCUGUCUGGGGACUCUGGUCACCCUGGUCGGUGUACCCACCAACAUCAUCAACUGUCUUCUCUUCUGGCGACAGGGUCUCCGAGAUCGGAUGAACGUGUGUCUCUUCUCGCUGUCGUUGGCUCACGGUUCUUUCUUUGUCAUCGUGUUUUUCACAUUCCCUGUCGCUUCAAUAAUCCGCCUCCACGAUCUUGUUCUUUCUCAAGAAUACUUUUCUAAAGUCACAUUAGCUUUGACUGGUGUUGCUCGCGGUUUCUAUCUGACAUCCUCUAUUAUCAACAUGGCGGUGGCUGUGGACACGUGUGUUUGUGUCGUCUUUCCACACCGUGCUGCCAGCAUUAUGCGCACCAAGACGAUGGCAUCGCUGAUAGUCUCGUGUUUCUUGCUGACUCAGGGUUGUUAUGUACCGUUUCCAUUUUCUUACAGUGCUGCAAAGAUGUCAACUGUAAACUGCACCUACUGGUUUCCUGUCUACACUCAGUUUUACGACAACAACAAAUUGUUUCUGUAUUUGUUUAGAAAUGUCACUCUUGAAACUGUAUUUCCAGUUGUCAUUCUGACUGUCGUGACAGUAACAACGAUUGUCACAGUCAAGACACUGAGGACAGCGAUGAUGUGGCGAGAAAACACAAGUUGUGUCGCUAACAACAUUCAAAGGCGACAGGUGGCGCUGAACAAGAUGUUGACCAUGGUCGCCAUCGUCUUCAUUGUCACCUACAUACCUCACGUGGCCUGUCAGUUAAGUUUUUGGUUUGUAGUGGAUCGGUUUUCGGACUCUUAUGUCACAGACCAGUUCAUGGCAGUCAUAUCCAUCACAAGUGUAGUGUAUCAAGUGAACGGCUGUCUGAACAUCUUCAUCUACUAUCAUCGGUCUUCUCGGUUUCGUGAAGAAUCACACAGCCUGUUACGGUGUUUGACAAGCCAUCCUAGUGACGUCACUAAAGUUGAACGUUAG